CGGCCGCGCGCACUGCAUAUCUGUGCGCGUUCACGAUUUGAACGCUGGCCGAUAAGUCUCCCGUUGCGAGGUGGCGGCGGUGCGCGUGGCUGCGUGCGUGCGCGCUGUCCCCAAGCUCACUCUGUGUUCCGGUUUAUUCUGGGUUUGUAGAUGAACGGAAAAGUGCACGUUGAUGAAACAUCUAGCGGAGCACGCGGUUAGUUUUGAAGUUAAUUCUCGGCUGUGUGUAUGCAUACACAGACCACAACAGGGCAACACAAACAGCUGCUCGGUUGCUUGGUUGUAGCUAAACACAAAGCUAGCUUGGCCACCAGCACCACCAUUCCGCAGCAUGACCUCCUUCGCCGAGACGAACCGAGCUUGUUUCAGGGGUUUUAACAUCUUCGCUGGCUAUGAGACUCUGUGGAGCCGGAUUUCUCAUCUGGGUUUCUGCUAAGCCACUGUGACACCUAGAUCUGCAAACUGUAAGACGCAGGCUGCUCCUGCAGUGAGUCAGUAUCAUGGAGGCAGGCAGCGGGGCUGCUGCAGUGGUGGGGAGUACAGCGCUAGGACUGUUCACGGCUACAGGAAGUCAUGACAUCUCUGACAGGGGACUGAGGCCUGCCCGCAACCUGGAAGCCGACGACAUAGUGCCUGAGCUUGCCAGGAGUAUUCACCCGCGGGAGAGGCCUGACUGGGAGGAAACCAUUAGCGCUAUGGCACGGAGUGCGGAAAUCCCAGAACUGAGCAGUGAGCCGCUUAUCCGCUCCUGCAGCAGCACUGCCAGCAUGAAGGUCAAGAACGUAAAAAAACUGUCAUUCACCAAGGGCCACUUCCCAAAGUUAGCCGAAUGUGCACAUUUCCACUAUGAAAACGUGGACUUUGGGAGCAUACAGCUGAGCCUCGCUGAAGAGCAGAGUGAAGUGAGCCGGAAUGGCCUGGAGUCGAAAGAGCUGGUGUACCUGGUUCACAUCUACUGUCAGGGACGAAGCUGGAUGGUGAGGCGCAGCUAUGAAGACUUCCGAGUCCUGGACAAACACCUCCAUCUGUGUAUCUAUGACCGCCGCUUUUCCCAGCUCCCAGAGCUGCCGCGAUAUGACAGCUUGAGGGAGAGAGCAGAGGCAGUUUCCCAAAUGCUGAUGGCUUACCUUUCCCGUCUUUCAGCAAUUGCUGAUAACAAGAUAAACUGUGGGCCAGUCCUUACGUGGAUGGAGGUUGACAACAAAGGGAAUCGCCUGCUGGUACACGAAGAGUCCUCCAUCAAUGUCCCAGCCAUCGCAGCUGCCCACGUCAUUAAGCGCUACAUCGCCCAGGCGGCCGAUGAGCUGUCAUUUGAGGUUGGAGACAUUGUAUCAGUGAUUGAUAUGCCUCCUAAAGAGGAUACAACAUGGUGGAGAGGGAAGCAUGGGUUCCAGGUUGGCUUCUUUCCCAGUGAGUGCGUGGAGCUGAUUAACGACAAGGUCCCUCAGUCUGUCACCAAUUCAGUGCCAAAACCAGCGUCCCCCUGCUCUGCUCUGCGGCCGGCCUCCUGGAGUCUCUUCCCACCCUAUUUGGAGAUGGAAAGUGUAAAGCAGGACAGUGCAUUGGCACCCGACCCAUUAAACCCCUACAGGCUGAGCUCAGUAUCCAAGAAGCACGGGAAGUUGAUCACGUUCCUACGCACCUUCAUGAAGUCCCGGCCCACAAAGCAGAAGCUGAAGCAGCGAGGUAUCCUCAGAGAGAGGGUGUUUGGAUGUGACCUGGGAGAGCAUCUUCUCAACUCUGGCCACGAUGUCCCCCAGGUGCUUAAGAGUUGCACAGAGUUCAUUGAGAAGCAUGGAAUUGUGGAUGGAAUGUAUCGGCUCUCUGGGAUCGCAUCCAACAUCCAGAAAUUGAGGCAUGAAUUUGAUUCAGAGCAGAUCCCAGAUCUGACCAAAGAUGUGUACAUCCAAGAUAUCCACUGUGUGGGCUCACUGUGCAAGCUCUAUUUCCGAGAGCUGCCUAACCCACUGCUCACCUAUCAACUUUAUGAGAAAUUCUCGGAGGCAGUUUCAGCAGCUACAGAUGAGGAGAGGCUAAUCAAAAUACAUGAUGUCAUCCAGCAGCUGCCUCCUCCGCAUUACAGGACUUUGGAGUUUCUGAUGAGGCAUUUGUCAAGGCUAGCAGCAUUUAGCUAUGUGACUAACAUGCACAGUAAGAAUUUGGCCAUUGUUUGGGCCCCCAACCUACUGAGGUCUAAGCAGAUUGAGUCUGCAUGCUUCAGUGGAACAGCUGCCUUCAUGGAGGUACGAAUACAGUCAGUUGUGGUCGAAUUCAUCCUGAACCAUGUGGACGUUCUCUUCAGCUCUAAACUUAGUUCACUGAUCAGAGAAGGAGCUGGUCAUAACUCUUUGUCUCGUCCUAAAUCGCUGCUAGUACCUUCGCCUUCUACCAAGCUGCUUACAUUAGAGGAAGCUCAGGCACGCACACAAGCCCAAAUCAACUCUCCUGUAACUGCAGAUAGCAAAUAUAUUGAAGUGGGAGAAGGACCUGCUGCCUUACAGGGCAAAUUCCAUACAGUCAUUGAGUUCCCUACAGAAAGAAAAAGGCAACCUAUAAAAUCAAAGAAGUCACCAGUUGGCAGUUGGCGGUCAUUUUUUAACCUUGGCAAGUCUUCCUCUACGUCUAAGCGCAAACUGCACCGGAACCCAAGUGAACCCAAUGAACUCAAAGCUAUGGCAUUAGGAGGAAGCAGAGGAGAUACUGGCACUCUUCGAUCUGCGAAGAGUGAAGAGUCUCUCAGUUCACUGCACAAUGUUGAAGGAGAGUCUAAAGUGUAUCGGCCACGCAGACCACGCUCCAGUAGUGAUGCUCUCUCCACAUCCUUUAAUGGUGACCUGAUGGACAGCCGACAGCACUGCAAUUCUUAUGAUAAUAUAGACCAUGGAGACAGUGAAGGGGAUGAUGGCCCAAUCUGUGUGCCAGCUCUUAUUUCCCCACCACGCUCUACUGAUGAUGUGGAUUUGAGCCCCCCUGACAUUGGCAUGGCCACUUUGGACUUUGACCCUAUGUCUUUCCAAUGCAGUCUGCCCUUGGCCGAGAGCGCCGCCGUUUCUCCUGACACUGAAGCUGUAAAUCUCAAGAGGGGUCCUGGCAGUGCUAGUGACUCAGAGCCAGUUUCGCCUGUCAGACCGAAGAUUACUAGUUUUCAGUCUCCUGAUCUCAGUCCAGCCUUUCAAAGUGCUUCUAACUCUUCUGAGAAAAUUAUGUUCCAGUCUUCUGAGAGCUGUGAAAAGUUUGCAGUGUUGGCACCCUUAUGUACAUCUCAACCUACUGAUACCUCAAUAGUUAGUGAAGGAUCAGAGAGCCCUGAGCACAAGCCAUCUCCAACGUCUCCACCUGUCCAGGUUACUCCAGCCAAAAUUAUCCCAUUGUCUUUUAAAUCCACCGAUUUGCCUCUAAGCGAAGCUAUUCAGCUAGAGCUUCUCUCCAAAUCUGCUUCAUGCGAGAAUAAAGAGGCAUUAGGGAUCAAUGCAUUACAACAAAUCAAUGCUCAGGAUCAACCAGGAGCUGUAGCUUUGGACUCACCAAAUAGCACUGCUCCAGUCAGCUCUAUGUCUCUACUUCCUUCUCCCCAACCAAAGAACACUGCCCGCAUGCUGGCUUUAGCGUUAGCUGAAUCUGCUCAGCAGGCUACCAUUCUAUCUCGGAGGGAAUCCUCUGAACCUCCCACACCUGUUUCACCCCUCAGGUCACAGGAGUUUGUGGAACCCCUUGACUGGCCACCCCCUCCCACCCUUAAACCACAGACUUCCCAAGAAGAAACAGCAGAUGUGCCACAGCUUCCUGCUCCUGCCUCUUUACCUGCUUCCUGCACCCCAGCUGAAACACUAAUCCAAUCCACCAGCAUGCAUCUCAUCAUAGAUGACAGUGAAAUGUCUCCCAGUAUGUCUGGCAAUAGAGAACAAGUUGUCACUUUUGUGGCUCCCAGCAAAGCUGCGUCUCCUAGCCAACCCGUUCAACUUUCCCACACACAUAACAGUCCAGAGAGACAGCAGCCUUCUGUUAGCCAGACACCAGCUAGCACUGAAACCUGCAGCACCACCAAAGCUACCGCCACAUCCACCAUUAGUAGAAAGGAACUUGUGGUCACACCACAACCAAGUCCUGAAAGUGUUUUACCAGCACCAACCACAAAAUCCCUGGAACAGCCAGUAGCUGUUCUGCAGCCUCAGCGUCAGGUGCAGGUUCAGUCACAGCCUCAACUACAGCUUCACUCUCAGUGUCAGCCUCAAGUACAGAUUCACUCUCAGUGUCAGCCUCAAACGCAGUACAAGAAUCAACCUAAUGCACGAGUUGCACCUACAACAGCAACAUCCCCAGAGCAGUCUGGAGAAAGGCCUUGGGAAUCUAUAAAGCCUGUAAAUCCUAGAAUGGAAAGUGUUAGCCAUCACCAGACUCAUGGGACCACACCACCACCACCACCACCCCCUGUUCGCUCAAUCGAAAGUAAACUAGCAGCAGCCGCUCUGUGUAAAACUGAAGCUGCCAAUGCAGCCCCCUAUCAUGCUAUUUUGGGAGAGGGAUCUAUGCCCCCAUCAUUGGAUGACACACUCCCACAGACUCAUCCAUCACAACGCAAGUCUUCCGUUCAUCUGUCAGCUUAUGUUUACCACUCUAAAGGAGAGACCGGCAUAAUAGAGCCCACUGGAGAGGCCUAUUACCAUCAAAGACCUACCCCUGCUGGGCCAUCAGCCAUGGGUUGUCAUUACCGGCCUGACAGUGUGCCUCCUCAUCUAUCAUAUGUAUCUAAGUCAGAGCCCCAGAUUCCUUACAGAGCCCACGGUGAUGGACGCUACAAUACAAUUGGACCAAGGUCCUUCCACCAGUCAAUGAAAUCUCGUGAAGCAAUGAGGGGUGAAUAUAUUUCCCCAGGAUCACUGCACCGCAGCCAUGGCUACAGCUCAAUGGAUGGACACGCCGCAUAUCCAACAAUCCGCAGGGUACAUUCUCUACAUGUCCCACCCACUGCCAUCAGGUCAGCACCAGUAACUAGAACAGAGGUUCCUCCAGAUGAUGAUCUCUAUUACUAUCAGCGACCAGUCUACCACUGCAAGUCAUACCAACAGCCUUCACAGUCGGAAUAUCAUGUCACUCAACUGCAACCUUACUUUGAGAAUGGAAGAGUCCAGUACCGGUACAGUCCUUACUCUGGCACUCACCCUCUUGAUGUUCCCUACUAUGAUGUGGAUCCUUAUGGUACUGUUCGUUUACGCCAUUUCCACUCGUUCAGUAGUCGUGACGCUGGUCCUCACCCCAACAGGUCAGGGGCUAAAUCAGGUGGCUAUCACUAUUUGUCACGGCAUGCCAUUCCUGUGAAAGAGCAUACAUUUGUAAGUAGGGACAUGCCUCCCUACCAUGGCCCAAAAGGAGCUGUUUACUAUGCUUGGGACCCAGAGGAAGCAGAAAGGCUACGGAUGCAUUCUAUUCGCAGAGAAAGUCGGGCGAGACAAAAGGUUAAAGGCCCCAUCAUGUCGCAGUAUGACAAUGUGGGGCCCUACAUGCCAAGUGAUAUUGGGGGAUUAGAAGUGCUACACUUGCGCAGUAAGUCAGAUCCUGGUAAAGCUGUGUUGGUCACUGCUGAAGGAAAAAAUGGGAGAUGCAGUGUAACUCCUGGACCUCAGCAUGUCUCCAGACACCUGAUGUCAGACCCAGACAUUCUCAUGUAUAUGGAAACCGAAAAACACUGCCAGGGGAAUGGAGUGGGAGACAGAGUUUCAGCAACAAAACAAAGUAGCUCCAGGACCUACCAGUCCACCCAUUCACAUCUGACACAGCCUCCCUCACGGAGCAUGCCACAUAUAUCAGAAGGCAUCCAUCUUGAGUCCAAGUGUGAGCCAGUAGACAGUCAGAUGAGCAGUAAACACUGGCAGGAGCACAAAGACAGCAAAAGCUAUCAAGCGCGAUAUGAUCGCCCAGAUCCAGAGCGGCAUAUAGGAAGGGUCAAAACCACUAGCAACAGUGAAGAUGACCAGAAGACAGCCCCCGUGAAGCCUGUUCCCCCUCCCAAACCGGAGAGAUCUCAUAGUGUUAGAGAACGGCAUCACUACAACCAACCUAAUCCUCCUCAAGCACAGGACUCCUUUUCUCACCAACCGCAUGGACAGAGACAGAGUACUGUUACUCAACAAUCCCAUUAUGAUAAUCUGGACGAUUAUCAACCAGUACCUCAUUCACAAACCCCAUUGCCAAACCGCAGUGGUUCAAGCUUAUACAGUACCCCUGGAUACACAGCGUCACACGCUAAUCGUGCAUACUCCACUGCCUUGGGACAGGGUGCUUUUAUCCGAGCUGAGCUUGCCAUGCAGAGGCCCGAAACCGAGAUUAAUGCAGAGUAAAAACGGAUGUGUAAAAACAGACUAAUACCUUGGGAUUUACAAUGUUGACAACAGUUUCAAAAAGUUCAGCAGCCUCUGCAGGACAGUGGUCUGUUAUGACUGUAUCCAUUUAAUUUCCUCACAUUUUGUAACAUGUAAAAUGUGUAAAGACUUUUUUUAUGGAACUGAAUGUACCACGAUUUCUUCAGUAGAGUAAAAAAGCCACAUUAAGAAACGUGGAGGUCAUACUGUAGAUAUUAUAUGUGAUUGACAAAUGGUACAAUUACCUGAACCAGAAAAGUAAUGUAUAUUGGGGGAAAAAUACUACUGGUUAUAAGGGAUUUUUUUUAUGUUCUGUUUUGUUAUAUUAGAAUCUCUUGGGCUUGGGUCUGAUUUUUGGGAUAAAGGUUUGCAUUUUAGAAAUGCAUGUAAUCUAUCUCUUACAGAACAGUUCUGUGUACCUUGAUACUCAUUGUGUACUUUAAAUGUUACAGUAACUGUGGAGGAGAACGUCUGUGUUAACACCUUACCCUCCUACUACUCUGUGUACACGACUAGGCAGUAUGUUAACCUGUACUUCUCUGCCUUUGGGUUGGAGACCGAAAAUUUGCAAUCUGAAUUUGUUCUCCAACUGUGCCAUAUAAUAUUACUAUUGUACUAAUAAAUACACACACACACACACACACACACACACACUUAUAUAUAUAUAUAUAUAUAUAUAUAUAUAUAUAUAUAUAUAUAUAUAUAUAUAUAUAUACAUAUACAUAUAUAUACACUAUGUAUUUUUGCUAUAAAUUAAAUUCAACAGAUUAGAUUUUAAUGGUAAGGAUACUGUGUGAAGGACCAAAUGAUGAAUGAGGUUUUGUAGUUGAGGAAGCAUUCCUGCAGCUUGAUUCUUUAAUGAAUAAGUUUGAGUGCCAGUGGGUCGACCAGUGAACCUUGUCUUUUCCCCAACUUCAGAAACAAAAGGCAAGGAAAAACAUGUUCCUGACUGUGUGUCGGUGAAGGGUUUCAGUCAUCCAGGUUAAUGAAUGUGUAGUGGUAAGCGCAUGGAGGGAGAUGCAGUAUGAUCUUGAUGACAUUUCACCACUCAUCUAGAGAGCUUCAUCAGUUCUGCUGAGUAGCAGUAAAAUUGUCCAGUUUUUAAACCUCUAAUGAUCACACAACACUGGCAGGUCUAGAGGUGUAAAUUGGUGUGAGCCAGCAGCUGAUCACAACUCUCAGGUGAUGAGCGCAGAGGUGCCAACAUUUAUAGUUUUGCCAUAGAAUUUAUUUUGGACCCCUUAGUACAGCAGCACAGGAGACAUCUGAAAACUACACCAUUCUGCUUUGCUAUUUCAGAUAAAGCAGCAGCAGUCAUUUCAAAUGCAAAUAAAAGCCAGUUCAAUAAAGGUGAAGGAAUCCAAGAUGUGAAAGAAACAUUCGGACUUGUGAGCCAAUAGAAACUAAGUGGGUGCGACUGGAGGACACUUUAGUCGGUUUAAAAAUACAGAGUAGCUGCUAAUUAUAAAGAAGAGGUCACACUGGACUUUGUUGUGGGGGGGAUGAUUAUCUGACUACUGGGAUUUUUGUGUUAGCAAUGUUGGCACCUUUGUAAGAGGAAUGUCUUCAAAAUUAUCCUACCAUCUCAGUUGCCUUUCCUACCUUUAGACUUAGUUGUAGGAUUAUGGUUACAGUCUAGCAGCUGAAAUGUAACACAUUUAGAUAGACACAUUUUCAAACCAGCACCGUGAUGAAAUAUUUUCUCCAAUUGGUACAUUUCAUGUAGCCAUCUUUUAAAGCUAAAUUUUCCAUUGGGACCCUUUGCUGAAAUGGUCUGUUCAUGUAUUUUACUUGUAUAAACUGUGCUUUACAUGUAUUUCAGAGCACAUGGUCUGUGCGAGAUAGGAAAGUCUCAUUUCUCAAAGAUAAAUAUAAAUCUUAUACGCAUAAAGAAAAGGGAAAGUGAGGUUGUGUUGGUCACACCAGAUGCAUGUUUCUAUUUUGUUUAAAUGUUGUAAAGGUGCAAAUUCAUUUUUGCAUAAUGUUGUUUUAAUCUGUAAUUCACUUUAAUGGGGUCGGGAUGAACACAACAAGCGACCUUUUACACGACAUGGUUAUAAUUAUAAGUGGUAUUGCCCUGCCUCUUUAUCACACUCUCGUCAGGUCUCGUCAGUAGUCUUGUGGGGGUUUUAUUUCUUGUUUUGUUUCCAUUGUUAUGGGCACCUUUAUGAUUGAAAUUAACCUGCCUUGUUUUUUUUUGUUGUUAUUGUUCUUUGUUUAAUUUUGUUUCUUUGUUUUUUUUAGACUGUGAAAAAUAUGGUUGGGUGACUAGAAAAAUGCUAAAUAAAAGCUUAUGUAUAGCAUUCUU